UCAGAGCCGCGGAAAGGGGUCAGGGCUUGCAGGCUGCUGGAAGUGGCUUUCAAGGUUCUAAGAACUUGAAUAACUUUCUUCACUCAUGUCACGACGUCCUCAUGAGACGGCGUGACGCUCCUGUUCUAGCGUCUAAUUUUAGAGAGAAUCUUUCUUACCCGUCCUAAUAGCGUCCGUUCUUUCAGUGUCUCUCCCUGACACGCGCUGUUAAAUUCGUAAGGCCGUUCUGCUGUCAGCCUUUUGAUAAGCAUCAUAAGGCGCUUCCGCCUUUCAAUUGGCGAAGCUGUUAAAGCUUUAGAAGCCUUCCUGGUCCCCUUUACCAUUCAACCAGCUCCUUACCAGACGGAGCUCCUUAUUGUUGCGAGGCUUUUAUUAGUCGGAGGUUCUAAUCAUUCACAAUUCGGUAUCGUUAGAGCUCCUUAUCAUUCAGAGCCCCUUGUCGUUCAGAGACCUUACCAUUCAGGGAUCCUUAUUCUUGACAGCUUGAUCUUUAUAUACCUUAUCACGUUUUCCCGAAGCUUCGUCAGUAGUCAUGGCUGAUUCGGCGAAGGCGGAUUUUCUCCAAGGGGAGUUUGACGACGCCAUAUUCUCCAUGACGGACUUCGAUAGCAUCACGUUCGACGCCAUAGGCGACAUGGGCCUGGCGGAGGACGGAUUAGCCGCCAUGAACGCCGCAUUGAACGGCCUGGCCGGUCCUAACGCCAGUACAAGCGCUGCCUCGAACGGUGCCUUGGUCGUGCUGGAGCCGCAAGACGCCAUCCCCCCGCCCAGCCAUCACGAGCAGUCGGCCGACAUGGUCUUUAAGUCCUAUGGGCAUGUCAGCGACGCCCGCGUUGCCCUUCAGUCUAUUCCUGCUGCUGGUGGUAUUGCUGCUGCGGCUGGUGGUUCUGCUGUCGGUGCGUCUGCACCCGCCGCUGCUCCGAGUGGUGCCGUUCUCAGAGCUGCUGGAGCUGGUUCGGUGGGUUUGGCAGCUCCUGGCUCGAUGCCAGGCUCGGUGCCAGGUUCGGUGGCAGGUGCAGGGAUGUGUUGCGCAGGUGGUAACGCAUGCUCUGGUAUGUGUAAGCCCGGCAGGGAGGAGGGGGAAAGGCGCUUGGGGGGAGGACAGCAGGGCUAGAGGAGUGUGAUAGAGAUGGUGGAACGAGGAAGGCGCGAACCCCAAGCGCCAUGUCAAAAUUAAAACGGGUCUUUGAGCCUGCUCAUAUGGAGGACGGCGAUGUCUAUGGAGCUGGGGUUGGGGAUGGUAACACCAUGAGCGCUGGUAACCACAUGAGUGCUACAGGAGCAGGGGGACAGCAAGGGGGGAGGGUCGAAGGGGUGUGCGUGGCAGGCGCUGCUGCUGCCAAGUCAUCACCUCAAGGGUCGAAUGACAGCCACACAAUGAGCUCGUCGCCUCCUUCGCCGUGCAAGCCGCUACUCUCUGACCACGCCCACGGCAUGCCACAGCUGAACAACCACCACCAACAGCAGCAGCAUCAUCAGCUUCACCAUCACCACCGCCAGCAGCAGCAGCAGCAACAGCGUGUGACGUCCUCUGGAGUUUCUGCCUCUGCCUCUGCGUGUCAAGUGCAGGAGGGAAGGCGAGUGGUGAGCCCAUCAGUCUCCCACAGUAGCAGGCAGAGCAGGCAAGGGACAGCAGCAGCGGUGGCAGCAGCUGUAACGCAGCAGCAGCAGCAAGCGAGGGCACAGCAACAUGCAGCGGCACACGAGCACGCAGCAGCGCAGCAGCACACGGCAGCGGCGCAGCAAUAUGCAACAGCACAGCAGCACGCAGCAGCACAGCAGCACGCAACAGCAGCAGCGCAAGCCAUGGCCAGAGCGCAAGCCUUUCAGAUGGCGUCCUGGCAAGGGCACAUGGCAGCAGGGGGGCAAGGGCACAUGACUGCAGGGGGGCAAGGGCACAUGCGGUGUGCCACCAAUCAGCCGAUGAAACAAGAGCAGCACGAAGGCCAGCAGAGGCCACACGACGGCGGAGGAGGAAGAGGAGGAGGGGAAUCAGGAGCAGCAGGCAACAGCUGUGCCACAGUGGCAUCCGCGUCUCACCCAACGCCAACUGCCAACACCAAUAGCGCCACUCUCCCCGCUCUCCGCCCCAUCAUGCCCCCCUCCUUACGCGGCCUGCCCAACCUCCCAGGCCUGCCGCCCCCCUUCGUCUUCCCUCCUGGCAUGCUCCCUGGAAACGCCUCUGGUUCUGCAUACCCGCGGCCGCUUGCUGUGGGGAGCAUGGGGGCGGGGGGCAUGGGGGCGGGCAGCAUAGGGGCGGGGGGCAUGAUGGGAGUGGGGAGUGUGGGCGCUGGUGUGUCUGCCAUGCCUGGUUUACCUGCCCUUCCCGUUGGCAUUGCGCGCCCUUCAAGAGCAGCUGCAGCAGGGGCCAGAACCGCCGCUGCUGCUGGUGUGGGUUCUGGUGUUGCUACUGCUGCUGGUGGUGAUGAUGCUGUGGGCGCAGCAGGGAAAACCAGCCCUGUUGCUGCUCCAGGCUCUGGAACGGCAAUGGAAGCAGCCACAGCAGCAGCAGCCUCUUCUGCAGCAGCAGCAGCAGCAGGAGGGUUAGUGAAGACAGAGGGGGCGGAUUGGGAGGCCGAGCUGUACGGACAUAGAGCAGAGAGAACAGGAUUUGCAGGAGCUGCUGGGGGUGCUGGGGUGGCUGGGUGUCAUCGGCCGUCCGUGGGCAUCAGACGAGGGGUGAGCUUGCACGAGGGGCUGUCUAACAUGCGCUCCUACCCCCCAGUGUCGCCAGCAGUGGUGCGGUCAGCAGCAGGCGUCAUGCAGCCACUGGCGUCUCCAGCAAUCAACGCCCCCUCGCAGUCAGCAGGAGCACCCUCGCCUCGCUCCUCCAUGCCCUCACCAUCGCCUAGACCUGUGGGUUCAGGGUCCGGGGGAGUGGGGAGUGUGGGUAGAGCUGUGCUUGCCUCCCCCUCUGUUGCCUCUGUACCCGCUGCUUCUGCCUCUGGCGCUGCUGGCGGUAAUGCUGCUGCUGCUGCCUCUGCUGCCGCUGCUGCUGCUGGCCCGUAUGCCAAAAUGCGCCGAGUUGCCUCUGCUGGACAGCUGCUGCAUUCCAAUUGGCCGGCGCCAGCAGGCGGGCACUUUGACGCUCACAUGUGGCAGAGAAGAGUGGCCGAGAUGGAGAGAUGGGCGGCAGGUGCUACUGGCAGCUCUGCUGCUGCUGCUGCUGCUGCUGGGUCUGCCAGUGCUGUUGCGUCUGCUGUGGCCCCUCUCUGUGCUGCUGCUGCCGCAGGGGCAAGGCAGGGCGCAGGUGCAGCUGCCACAGGGCGAGUAGCAGGGUCGGUUUCGGGAAUGGCAAAUGGGUGUGCAGGAGGGUCGAAUAGAGGAGGGGGGGCAGCUGGUGUUGCUGCUGGCGCUGGUAGACCGGCUGAUGGGGCAGAGAGCAUGCAUCGCGGGGCGAAUCCGAUCAUGCAUGUGGGAAGCCAUGAUGGCGACGGGGAUGGCGAUGGGGAUGGGGAUGGGGAUGGCAACCAUAGCAAUGGCGACAGUGGCGAUGGUGAUACUGGUGAUGGUGACGAGGAUGAGCUGAAGCCCCUCCCGUCCCCCAUCCUGCGGGCUCGCAGAGCCAUGGGCAUGGGGGCAGGCAUGGGCAUGGGCAUGGGCAUGGGCGGCAUGGGUAUGGGCAUGGGCAUGGGCAUGGGAAUGAGCAUGCCGCGUAGCUUCAGCAGCCAUGCCCUAGGUCAGCUGCACAUGCAGCACAUGCCCGGCCUCCCGCCCCUCCCCCCGGCCGCCGCAGCAGCGCACCUAGCAGGGCAGCACAUGCCAGUGGGCAUAGAGGGCGGGGUUAUGGGCAUGGGCGAGGGGCUAGCAGGCGGAGUGGCAGGGGCAGGUGGGGCGAUAGGGGGGAUGGGGCAACGACCUGCUCCCGCUGCUGCUGCCAGUGCUAGUGCUGCUGCUGGUGGUAGUGGUGGUGCUGGUGGUGGCAUGAGUGUGGUGGGGGAGGGUAUGAUGACAGUGUCGGCAGGGGAAGGGGUGUCAGCAGCAGCAGCAGCAGCUGCAGCAACCUCAGCAGGCAUGGCAGGAGGAGGGUUUGGCGGGGGGCAUUUCACAGGCAUGGGGGGAAGCAUGGGCGGCAUAGCAGGGAUGGGAGGGAGCAUGGGGGCUCCAAUGUUGCCAUCUUUCAGCAGCAUGAGACGAGCACACAGCACAGGAGAUAUCCAGUCCCUGGCUGCAAUGCGCUCCCUAGCCAUGGGCUUCGGCCACCUCCCAGCACCGCCUGGAGCGGCAGGAGCAGCAGCCGCAGCAGCAGCUGGAAUGGGCCCCUUUGAUGACCCUACCAGCAUGGGACUGGGCAUCAGCAUGGCCAUGGGCAUGAGGAGCAUGGGGAUGGGCUUGGGCAUGGGGGGUAUGGGCAUGGGGGUGGGCACGGGCAUGGGCAUGGGGGUGUUUCGCAUCGGGCGGUAUACAUUGGAGGAGCGGCGGCUGCGGAUCAUGAAGUACAGGCAGAAGAGGCAUGAGCGGAACUUCACAAAAAAGAUCAAGUACGCGUGCCGCAAGAAUCUGGCAGAUAGCCGGCCGCGAGUGCGAGGGAGAUUUGCACGCAACGACGAGAUUGAAGAGGAGCAGCAUGACAAGGACAGCCACAGCGGAGAUGGACCUGAUGGUGACACCGCCUGUGCUGAUGCUGACGUGGACAUCACAGGUCCACAUGGCUUGUUAUCGCAUGACUUGCCUCCGACAGCGCAUGCUGACGUGUUUUCAGCAGAAGAUUUUUCUGACAUGCUGUUGGACGGACCUUUUGGGUCCGAUGCAUUUUUUGACAUUGAUCCGCCUGCUGGUCGUAACAGCUCCUGACCCUUAUAGUUCUACUUGGUAGGUAGGUAGCCACUUGAAGAGUGUUUCUUACGUGAGGGGUUCUGUACAGGUUCGGAAUUAUUGUUAUUGCUAUUGAGUAAAC